UGUUGGUGUGAGACGCUGUUGGGUGUAAAUGAGCGGUGACAGCAUUUUCAGCAAAUAAAGGAACUAAAAGUGAUUGUCAGAGUCAGAGGGAGGACACAGGAAGCUUCUUUGGGCUGUUUUGCAAGUUCACACUCUGUUUCGGCAUAUAAGUAGUUUUUUUUUUUUAUAAAGUGAUUUUGAAACAGGAACACCAAAAGGCUGAGGGAUCUUUUUUUAACAAAAAUGGAGGACAAGAAAUAUAAAGUGCGUGUUGUUGAAGAAAUGAAGGUGAAAGUGCUCUAUGAAACUGAAGCAUCUUUUGAGCCUGAUGACAAAGCUGAUUACCCUCCUGCUGGGACAAACUCCAUCUACUCUGCGAUUUUGAGCAGGAACGAGGCUGUCAAGGAUGCAAAGCGGCUUAAGACCUUUUUGGAGCUGCGAGACAAAUACGUGAAGAAAAAGGUGGUGUUUGAAGACCCCCUGUUUCCUGCAAAUGACUCCUCACUCUUCUACAGUCAUAACCCCCCCGUUAAGUUUGAGUGGAAACGUCCCUGGGAAAUUUGUGAAAACCCCAAGUUCAUCAUUGAUGGAGCCAGCAGGACAGACAUCUGUCAAGGAGAAUUGGGUGACUGCUGGCUGCUGGCUGCCAUCGCCUGCCUGACAGUGAACGAGAAGCUUCUGUACAGAGUUAUUCCCCGCGACCAGAGCUUCACUGACAACUAUGCCGGCAUCUUCCAUUUCCAGUUCUGGCGUUAUGGCGAAUGGGUCGAUGUGAUCGUGGACGACCGCAUCCCCACUUUGAACAACCAGCUGGUUUUCACCAAAUCUUUCAGAAAGAACGAGUACUGGAGCGCUCUUUUGGAGAAAGCUUAUGCCAAGUUGCACGGCUCUUAUGAGGCACUCAAAGGGGGCAACACUCUGGAAGCCAUGGAGGAUUUCACAGGAGGAGUUACCGAGUUCUUUGAGUUGUCCGAGGCGCCCAAAGAGCUCUGCAGCAUCAUGAGGAAGGCGCUGGAGAGAGGCUCGCUGAUGGGCUGCUCCAUAGAUAUUUUUUCAGCCACUGAACUGGAGUCUCGCACUGCUCAGGGGCUGGUCAGGGGUCAUGCCUACUCCAUUAUAGGCCUGGCUCAGUGUGAUGAGGUUGCAAAGGACACCAAAAUUAACCUGAUUCGCUUGCGCAAUCCCUGGGGUCGAGUGCUGUGGAAUGGACCUUGGUGUCCAAAUUCGAAGGAGUGGUCGACCAUUUCCAUCGCAGACAAGGACAACCUAAAGAAACAAACCGUAGAGGAGAGUGAGUUCUGGAUGUCUUUUGAUGAUUUCAAUAGGAACUUCACAAAAUUAGAGAUGUGCAACUUGACCCCUGACACCCUGCAGGGUGAUGAAAGGCACAGCUGGUCAGUGUCAGUUAACCAGGGUCGCUGGGUGAGAGGCAGCUCUGCUGGAGGCUGCAGGAACUUUCCACAAACAUUCUGGACGAACCCUCAGUACCGGCUGCAGUUGUACGAGGAGGAUGACGACCAAGACAAUGAGAAUGCAUUCUGCACUGUCGUUGUUUCUCUGAUGCAAAAAGGUCGAAGGAAGCAGCGCCAUCAAGGGGCCAAAUUCCUCACUAUCGGAUUUUCAAUCUACGAAGUGCCGAAGGAGAUGCGUGGAAAGGAUCAACACCUGCAGAAAGACUUCUUCCUGUACACGGCCUCCAAAGCUAAAUGUAAGACCUACAUAAACCUGCGAGAGGUGACAGAGCGUUUCCAUCUGCCAGCAGGAGAGUAUGUCAUCAUUCCCACGACCUUUGAACCCCAUCAAGAGGGAGAGUUCCUUCUCAGGGUCUUCUCUGAGAAGCGGAGCACGUCUGAGGAGACGGACAACACAAUCGGGUCUGACCAAACACAGCAAGACAAGAAAAAGAAAGAAAAGCCUAUUGUAUUUGUGUCAGACAGAGCACGAGCCAACAAAGAAAUCGAGCAUGACGGCAUUCAGGGGGAAAUAAAGAAGAAACCAAAGCUGAAACUACUUGAACCUGAGGAGGAGACUGAAGAGGAAAAACAGUUCAGGGCCAUUUACAGACAGAUUGCCGGUGAGGACAUGCAGAUCUGUGCCAAUGAACUCAAGAUGAUCAUGAAGAACGUACUCUCCAGACAUAAUGACAUAAAGACGGAGGGAUUCAGCCUUGAGACAUGUCGGAGUAUGAUCGCCUUGAUGGAUACUGAUGGGACGGGAAAGUUGAACCUGCAAGAGUUCAAACACUUGUGGAAGAAGAUCAAGGAAUGGCAGCUGAUCUUUAAACGUUUUGACAAAGACAAAUCCGGCUCCAUCAGUAGUUUUGAGCUGAGAAACACUGUUAAUGCUGCAGGGUUUCAGCUCAACAGACAGCUAUAUGACAUCAUAGCCAUGCGCUACGCAGACGAACUCCUCAACAUCGACUUUGACAGCUACAUCUGCUGUUUUGUGAGACUAGAGGGCAUGUUCAGAGCUUUUAAUGCUUUUGACAAAGAUGGAGAUGGAAUAAUCAAGCUCAAUGUCCUGGAGUGGCUUCAGCUCACCAUAUACUCUUAAGUCAUCUUCAUGACCACUGAUGUAGCUGCAGACAGCUGGUGCUCACAUUCAAGACUCAGCUAUCCUGGACAGUUACUUAACGUUCUUGUUUCUUAAGCAUUAUUGAACAAAAUGUAUUUUUGCACAAAGAAGCCUUGAAAUCAAAAUGGUGACAUUUAGAUAUCAGUCAUCACUUAAAUUAUGAUGGUUUUAGAUUUAACACAAACUUAAUUUUAGCUUAUUUUUGAGUGACUAACAUCCUAUAAGUAUGAAGCAGAUUCCUGAAACGUCAUUAGUUUUCUCGCCUCUACAGUGCUGAUGAGUGACAUACACUGAUGAAUGCUGAAGUCAGUGUAACCUGAUAAUCAUGUUACAUUAGUGUUUGGCGUGAAGCAGCGCUGAGCCGCGAAUCGAGGAGCUGACCUCUGAUCUAUGUCACAAAUGACAUGUGGUUAGUAAUGUAGAGCUUAAAGUGUCAGCGUUUUAAAAAAAUGUUUGAAUAUGAGAACUGAGUGAAUUAACAUUUUGUUCGACAAGAGAAAUACUGGAUAUACUGUACAUUGUUUUCAAAAUCUUGUGAGGGUGAACACUGUAAAUUAUAUUUGUAUUUUUAUUGCUGUACACAUACACACAAGUACACAAGUAGGUAUUAAACACAAAUCACUGUACAGUUAAACAUACAAAAAUUAAGGCAUGACUUUAACACAGAACACAUAAAAAUAACUCUCUGGACAGUUUGGUCUGACGACCCUCACUUCUACUUUCAUCUAAUGCCCAAAAUGAGAGUUUUCCAACAUGUUGAAAAAAAAUAAAGGGGGCAAAGUCUUCAUUACCAAGAAUAAAGUCUUUGGGAAAUGUGAAAAUGAAAACUUAAUAAAUUAAUGGACAGUUUAUAUAUGUGAUGAUGAUAUUUUAUAACCAACCCUAUCAGUCAGGAAGGAAUUAAGGACACAUUUACUUUACACUGAAAUAUCACUAAAAAAAAAUCAAAUCAAAUCAAAAGGGAUAUAUUUGACUUUAAAGUAGGUGAGUCGGGAUACAAAUUCCAUUCUUUAUACAAGUACAAGUUGCUAAAUAUUAGCCUGUGGAUUUUAAACACUGAAGUUACUUCCCAAAGAGCACCUUCUAUAAAUAUUAAGUCUGUUUACUUCCAUGUACGCACGUCCCUUCCACACCAAAGUUAGGUCACUCUCAGGAAAACAAUGUUGAAAGACUUAAGAAAAGAUUUGAAAAUCCUACCGACAAUCCUCAGAGCCCUGACCCUUCCUAGAAUAAGAAAGCUGCAGAAAAUCAGAUAAAGCUCUGAGUUAUGUCACUUGAGUCAGGGUCAGAUGGGGCAGAAAACAAGUUUAGAAAUAAAACAUAUCUGAAUGUUAGGAGUCAGAAACAAUGAGCUACUGGCUUGGCAGUAUUUUUUUUUCUCAUUCCUUCCUACCUAACACUAAACCAAAAUACAGUCAGUGUUAAAGCAUAUUGCCUCCACUUCACAGUCAACUGCCAAUACAAUUUAGAAAAAUAUCAAUGAUGAAAACAGCUCACAAUAUAAACUGCUUUGCAAAAGCUACUCUGAGGUGUUCAUACCGGUGCAGCAUAGUUGUGGAAAUGUUCUGAAUAAUUAGCUUCACAUAUAAUAAUGACACAUCUGAA